AGCUGAUCAAUCGCGAUCGCAAGUCGAAACACACGUUGUGUGGAAGAACCGCACAGGAAUUACCUGGACUGUCGGAUCUCGCAUGCGGACGAUUAGCUGGUGAUUCGGAGAUCAGGCUGACCGAAGAAGUGCAGGCACGGGAGAACUGGAGGAACAAGGACGGGUAGUUUUCGGAUUUUGAUUUUACUGGACCAACUUUACAUUACAAAAAAUAAUUGCAGAGAUUUACCUGAAGAGCUACUUCCACUCGGCAUACAAUGGCCUUUAGAGAGGUGCAAUGGCUUUCUUUGAUCUGCAUCAUUGUCAUCUUUAGAUCCAGUCAGGCUUCGCAGAUCCAUCGCAUCGCCCGUCAAGCAGAGCCUGAGUCAGGAUGGGGGGAAUGGGGCAUCUGGAGUGCAUGCUCAAGAUCCUGUGGAGGAGGGGUGUCUUACCAAGAGAGACAGUGUAUCGCUGGACCAGGGCUAUGUGUCGGUCCCCAGAGGAACUACAGGUCGUGUCAGAUCCAGGACUGUCCUGAGGGAGCGAUUGACUUCAGGCUUGAACAGUGUGCUUCCUUCAAUGAUAUCCUCUACGAAGGUAGACUCUACAAAUGGGUGCCGUACGAAGGAGGUCCAAACCAAUGCGAACUGAACUGCAUGCCUAAAGGGGAACACUUCUACUACCGUCAUGCAGUGAAAGUUAUUGACGGAACCAGAUGUGGACCCAACACUAUCGAUGUCUGUGUGGAUGGGGUCUGCAGGAGUGUUGGCUGUGAUAUGAUGCUAGAUUCCAAUGCUGUGGAAGAUAUGUGUAGAGACUGUGGAGGUGACAAUAGCACCUGUCGCCUGUUUGAAAAUCGGUUUACAAGGAGGAAGCUUCCUGAAGGUUAUAAUGAUAUCCAUAUCAUACCCGCUGGAGCUACCAAUGGUCGUAUAGCGGAGAUUCGAGGGUCCCGAAACUAUCUUGCUCUGAGGAGUGUCCAUGGUGAAUACUUCUUGAAUGGAGAUUUCAGUAUAGAUCUUCCUCACUCCUUCAACGCAGCCGGUACCGCCAUGGAGUACAGUAGAAAAGUUGGAGCACCGCAAGAUAAACCAGAAGUCAUCACAUUCCUUGGACCUUUAGAAGAACCACUCUAUGUUGUGUUGCUGACCCAGGGUAGGAACCAUGGAAUUGAGUACUCUUACUAUGUUCCAAAUGGAGUAGGUCCAGAUGAACCGGAUUCCUAUUCCUGGACCUAUACCCCUUAUUCUGACUGCUCCAAGGAAUGCGGAGGGGGUUUCCAGACGAGGACAGUAACCUGUACACGUUCUGGUGACUUUGAAGCAGUACCGACCUACCUGUGUGACCCCACCCUGAAACCAAGCAACAACAGGACGUGCAAUGCAGAGGCCUGCCCUCCAGUAUGGUACAUCGGAGACUGGAGUCCAUGUUCCCAAACAUGUGAUGAGGGUUCCCAGGUCAGGCAGGUCUACUGUAGUCAGCUGUUAGAGAAUGGCCGCAGGGAACCGGUGGAGGAGGUGUACUGCCUAGCCAUUCUAGGAUACAAGCCUGAGUACCAGCAAGAUUGCAUCGACCAGCAAUGUCCACAUUGGGUGGCUGGAGAGUGGUCAGAGUGUUCUGUAGAGUGUGGUGAUGGUACCCAAGCGAGACAGAUCCACUGCAUGGCUGAUCUACCGGAGCCAGACUCCUCCUGUGAUGCCUAUGAUAGACCAGAAGACGAACAAGAAUGUAACCUAGGACCUUGUGAUGGAGUGGAAUGGAUGACAUCAGAAUGGACACCGUGUGCAGGUCUGUGCGGUCUUGGUAUCAAAUCUCGUCAGCUCUUCUGCGCUACCAGGGCUGGUACCGUCUUUGAUAAAGAUCUUUGUGAGAUGUCUGCCAUGCCUGAUAUGACAUCAGCUUGUCCUCUUCAAGAAGAGUGUGGACCAAGAUGGAUGGCUUCUCACUGGAGUGAGUGUUCUGCUACAUGUGGUGGGGGCGUGCACUCUCGUAUGGUGUUCUGUGCCGAUGUAACAGAGGACUCCAUGGUGCAGGUCGAGGAUUCAGACUGCGACCCAAUGACCAAGUUUGAGACGGAGGAGAUGUGCAACACUGAACUGUGCUCUGAUGACUAUGUCUGGUUUGUAGGACCAUGGGGACAGUGUUCCAGGCCAUGUGGAGUAGGUUCCAGGACUCGAGUCCUAGUCUGUAUGAAAGGAGAGAUCCCCCAGAUCCCAUCCCUCUGUGAGGACUCCAUACGACCUGUCAGUGAAGAGCAAUGCAACACUACACCUUGCACUACAGAUGUGACCGUCACAGUGGAAGAAUUGGAAACAGUAGGAACAGUGAUAACAACAAAAGAAACUGAAGAAAAUAUAUUCACAACAUCUAAGACAAUGAUCAUUACUGAAGACGCAACUGAAGAAGUGAUUAUAACUACAGGAGAAACUGUGACCAUCUUCGAAGCUACAGAUGUCGCAACUGAAGAAAUCACUAAAGAUGUGACAAUUGAAGAAGAAGAAGGUACUACAUUUGCCACAGAUGUAGUGACUGUCAAUGAAGAUGAAACAAUGAGCUUUACAGAAAUUACAGAAGUUCCGGUGACAAUCGAGAUAGAGGUAUCCGACCCUGAAACCACCACACCUACACCUGAGAUGCUUCACGGUGAAACGGAAGGACUGAUAACCAGUGUGGCUAACCCUGAGAUGGCCGCAGUGAUCGGUUCUGAAGCAAUCCAAACAACACUGCCUGCUACAUCAGGUAUACCUCUCACCACCCUGGCCAAAGUCCUCACCACAAAUAUACCCUACACCACGAGCACCAACAGCACCCAACUGCAGGAGAAGUCUGAUCAAUUAGAUCUUAGUUCCAAUGAUUCUUUAUCGGUUGAAGUUGUUUCAUCUAGAAGUGAAAUUUCUUCAGUCAAUGUGGUCGGUCAGUCAUCAUCUCGUGAUGAAAAUAUCUUGAAUGAUGACAUUCUUGAAGAGACAGAAAGUUCUGUGAGUUGUGAAGAUAGUGAGUUUAGAUGUUGUCCUGACGGCGUAACAGCCGCUUCAGGGCCGUUCAUGGAAGGGUGUAGAGACUGUGAGCAGACACUGUUCAAGUGUUGCCCCGAUGGAAUCACCCCAGCCAAGGGAGAAGACUACGCUGGCUGUGAGGACCUCAAGGAGCUAGUAGGUGGAGAAGGGGAGAGUAUCGGGUGUGACUUCACCGAGUUUAGCUGUUGCCCAGAUGGUGAAACUGCUGCUGCCGGACCAAACUAUGAAGGAUGUGACAUUGAUCCCAUCGAAGAUCGUUGUUCUCUAAAGAGUGACCCUGGUACUUGCCGAGCUUGGAUAGUCAAAUACUACUUUGACUCCAACUAUGGUCAGUGUAUUCAAUUCUGGUAUGGAGGCUGCGGAGGUAACGCCAAUCUCUUUGAUACCUAUGAAGAAUGCAAGGAAGAAUGUGUUGGUGAUGACGAGCGACUCGCACAAGAAGACCUCUGUAUUCUGCCAGCUGAUCCUGGCCCAUGCAAGGGCACAUUCAAUAACUACUUCUAUAAUGAGAAGACUGGCAGAUGUGAGAUCUUCAAGUAUGGAGGCUGUCGUGGUAACAAGAACCGCUUCAGAACCGAGGCAGACUGUGAAAUUGCUUGCGGAACAUUCAACGAUGAUCCAUGCACUCUGCAGGCAGAGUAUGGGGACUGCAGGGACUCUCACGUCAGGUGGUUCUUCAAUGCCGACACUCGAAUGUGCGAAGAUUUUGAGUAUUCUGGUUGCCGCGGUAACCAAAAUCGUUUCAUGAACAAGCAGUCGUGUGAGGAAAGAUGCAAUGCCAAUCUUAUAGACCAUGUUGUGCCAAUUACUAAGUAUGAGCAGUGUAGUGUAGCUGCAGAUCCAGGAAACUGCUUUGCCUACUUCCCUAUGUGGGCAUAUGAUGUAACAGAAGGUAAAUGCAAGGACUUUGUGUAAGGUGGUUGUCAAGGCAAUAACAACAGAUUUGAGACUGAGCUGGCUUGCCAGGAAGCCUGUUAUGUUGAAGGCAAGACACUUUGCGAGCGUCUGCGCGCCCUCCAUGAGGCAUCCGGGGUGCUUGACCAACCCCAGUGUAAGUUUGAUGGUAGCUUUGAACCCCUCCAGUGCCCUCCUAGGAGCGGUGAUUGUUGGUGUGUGACAGACCUUGGUGAAGAGAUCGAUGGCAGCAGAAUCACUAGACAGCUUCACACACUCAGGCUCGACUGCUCAGUCUAUCCAGACAGCGCUGGCAACUCCCGACCGACCAUCAGGACGACCACUGUAGACAUGGCUGAGCUGACCCUAUGCCAGCAGGAUCAGCGUACAGCUCAGGGUAGCUAUGUUCCUCAAUGCACCGAGAGUGGAGACUAUGAACCCAUGCAGUGCUAUGGAUCUAACAAUGAUUAUUGUUGGUGUGUCAAUGAGAACGGUGAGGAACUGGACUUCACCAGGACGCUACCGGGACAGGAUAGACCAAGCUGUCAAGGUAUCCUAGACUCUGUAUGCUUCACCACAUACAGGAUGGUCACAGAAGGUACCCAAUCUUCAGAAUACAUGCCACAGUGUACGCCUCAAGGUCUGUUUGCCAAGCUGCAGUGUCAGACAGAGAGAGGCUGUCUUUGUGUGAAUGAAUCCACUGGGUCUGUCCUGUUUGCAGUGGAUGUUGACCCUGAGAUGGCCACACCUAGGUCCUGUGAUGGGAUAAGUACCAGAGUCCUGACGGUCUGUCAGAUCCAUCAACAGGAGAGCCUUGCUACGAGCGGCGAGGCUGAGAACCGUUACAUCCCCGAGUGCACCUCAGACGGUUCCUAUGCACCUAUCCAGUGUUAUGAAGGCCAGGCAAGGUACUGCUGGUGUGUCAACGAAGCCGGAGAGGAGAUACCGGGAACCAGAAGGAGGGGUGAAGAACCAGACUGCACAGUUGAGAACGUAGAACCUACGGAAGCAGUGACCGAGAUGACCUCGGCAGCAGCGACACCAACCGUAGCAAACACAAGAUUAGAGACAACGACCACCAUCGUCACCACCCAGGCAUCCAUCAUCGAUGUCAAUGAUGUCAUAAUCAUAGGAGAAGAAGGGACGUUAGAGGGAGAGGAGGAGGAUGUUCCAGAGGAGAUACCGGAAGAGGAAGACUGUACUGAUAGUUCAAAUUGCCAAGGUACUUCCUCAGCAAGCAUAGGCCAAAGUCAAUCUCCAAUCUCUGCUACACCUGGAGACAUGGUGGUUCUGACCUGUGAGGCAACAGGAUCCCCAGCCCCAACCAUCUCAUGGAGGAGAUUUGAUCAGGAUGUCAGUGAGUUUGACGACCGGAGGUUCCAGAUCGGCGAGGAUGGGGUAUUGACCAUCCUGCACGCCAAGGUCAGCGAUUCAGGACCAUUUGUCUGUGUGGCUGAUAAUGGCGUCGGAGAACCGGAUACAGCAAAUUUUGAGAUAACAGUUUCAGACCAUUCUCGACCUCCAAGGAGGCGUGGUGGACAUCGCCAAUCUCGCAUCAAGGUCCGGGAAGGCAAGAGCGUCAGCAUGAACUGCAGAGCCAAGGGCAACCCUCUCCCAACCAUCACCUGGGAGUUCCAAGGGUUAGAACUCUCCGACAUUGAGAACAGGAUCACUAAAGGAGAUGGAGGACUACUCAGGAUCAGUGAUGUCAACCUAGCGGACAUGGGCACCUACAAGUGUACUGCCAGGAACAUGUAUGGCAUUAUACAGAUGAGAGUCUUUACUCUUAUUGUAGAAGCUGAAGUUGCAAUAGUGGAUCCUCCCAUCAGCCAACAAGUUACCGAGGGUGAUACCGUCAACCUUCUUUGCGGAACCACAGGGUCGCCUAAACCUAAUGUUAUGUGGAAUCGUAAUGAUGCUCCUUUACCCAAUACCAAUCGAUUCAUCAUAGGUUCAACUAAUGAUCUAACAAUUAGAGACAUAAAACAAACAGAUGCUGGUAAAUACUCUUGUACAGCAGCAAAUGGAAUCAGUACAAGAACAGCAAAUGCAGUGAUUUCUGUAUCAGGUGCCGAGGUUGAUCCAAAUUGUCAAGACCAGCCACAGUACGUAUCCUGUCAGCUCAUUGUUAUAGCAAAGCUUUGCUCGACGUAUCCGUACGGCAAGUUCUGUUGUAGAACAUGUCGAGACAAUGGCAUGCUACCACUCACCACUGCUACGCCUUGAAUGUAUGAGGAGGAGCUGAUUUUUACCAUUUUGCCAACCAAGACCACUCCAGAUAUCUUCAUAUUUUUAUUUUAUAAUUUAGGUACCUCUUGUUUAAUCUCGGUUAUUAUCCUAAGAGAAAAGUUUUCAAAACUUCUCAUUUGAAAAUAAAGUUAAAUUUUGUUAUGUCCUUUAUUUUUUUGACUUGGUCAAGACCCCCCAAAUUAUUAAUAAUCUGAGGAGAAUCAGAUCAUUUUAUGUUAAAUUUAAAUUCCAUCUUGAAUUUUUUACCAUUGUAUAUUCUUCAAAGUUGUCAGUCAGUAAAUAUUUUAAAUGCAGAACACAAAUUAUUUGGGAUUUUAAUGUUCUUAACAGUUUACAUCUUUCAAACUGUUUUUGGUUUUUAAAUCACAUUUCUUUUAGUUAGGUCCUGCACUUUACUUAGUUAUUACAUGGAGAUACAAUAUGAGGUACUUACCAAUAUAUUGCAAUAUGAAAUUAUUUGUGUAUGAUUGUUUAAAAAACAGUAUGCCAUCCACCACAAUCGUGCUUCCAAAUGUUUUGAAGUUGUGGAUCUGAUUUUCUAACUUAAUAUUUUUCUUUUUAUAAAGGUUGGUAAUAUCCGACAUUAACAACAAGAUUGUUAAUAAUCUCAAUGCUAUAAACUUACUGCAUAACUCAUGUCCAGGGUCCUUUUUCAAAAAAACUUGUUAUGAUAAGUGUAAAUCCACUGAAAUCGUUCAAUGUGAUUGGCUGAUAGUGAACUUGUGAUAGAAAUGGUGCAUUUGUUAUUAUAACAAGUCUUUGUGAAACAGGGCCCUGUCUUGCCUGUGUUUGGUAUGCGACUGAAGGGGGAUAUAUAAAUAGGUGGGUGUUUCAUAAAGCUGUUCGUAAAGUUAUGAACGACUUUACGCA